CCGUGCUGGUUGUUAGCCGGGAGCGAGCGGCUGAGAACGCGCGAGACGAGAGGGAGAUAGGAGGCGGAGGAGGAGAAGUAGCGAAACAAAGCAAACACUAUGCUCUUAUGAUGCAAGCGGCGGUCGUGAUGCAUCUUCCGAUCCCUUCGAACAACUGCUGCCGUCCCUCCUUCCUCACAUCCUCUUCCUCCACGAUCAUCCUCCCGGAGCAAGUACGACCUUUACAACGCCGUCGCUAUUCGAGCAGCGAGCGGUCAUCGAUGACGGUCCGAGCGGAGCUGCAGACCACGAAUCCUACGUCGGCCGCGACGGUCACUUCGUCCUCUUCUUCUAUCGCGACUCACCGGGUCACUGUUCAUGACCGGCAGCGGGGUAUCGUCCACGAGUUCGUCGUUCCGGAGGACCAAUACAUCCUACACACUGCAGAGUCCCAGAACAUAUCCCUGCCCUUUGCUUGCAGGCACGGUUGCUGCACCAGCUGUGCAGUUCGAGUGAGAUCUGGUCAAAUUAGACAACCAGAGGCUCUUGGAAUAUCUGCGGAGUUGAAAGCUAAGGGUUAUGCAUUAUUAUGUGUGGGUUUUCCAUCUUCUGACAUUGAAGUUGAAACUCAAGAUGAGGAUGAGGUUUACUGGCUCCAAUUUGGACGGUAUUUUGCACGAGGACCAAUUGAAAGAGAUGAUUAUGCAUUGGAGCUUGCCAUGGGUGAUGAGUGAUUGAUGCCUGGAAGAUAAAGUCCAUGUUUUAAUCUUUGAUAGUUAACGUGAGCUGCCUUUGCUGUCUUUUCUUUCGGACUUUUGAGUUGUGUGUUGGUGCAACUACUUGGAAUUCCAUCUCGUUCGUUUGCUAUCACAGUGUCGACUUUUCUUUAAGAUGCUUAUAUAUUGCUGGUGUAUCCGCUUUCAUA